UUCUUAACAGGAAGGAAGGCGCUGCAGUUCCCCUCCCGGCCUGCGGGGGCAGCAGCGCGGCGAUCUUCAUAAAGCGGCAUACGGCGGUUUCCGGUUGUCUGCUUGCGCUGCGUGAACACAGUGCGGACUCCAUCAUGGACAUCCGACCAAACUACACCAUCUACAUCAACAACAUCAACGACAAAGUCAAGAAAGAAGAGCUGAAGCGCUCGCUCUACGCGCUCUUCUCUCAGUUCGGCCAGAUCCUCAGCGUGGUGGCGCUGAAGACCAUGAGGAUGAGGGGGCAGGCCUUCGUGGUCUUCAAAGAGCUGGCCGCCGCCACCAACGCGCUGCGGCAGCUGCAGGGCUUCCCGUUCUACAACAAGCCCAUGAGGAUACAGUACGCCAAGACCGACUCCGAGGUCAUCGCCAAGAUGAAGGGCACCUUCGGAGACAAGGAGAAGAAGAAGGAGAAGAAGAAGAAGGCCCAGGAGCUGGCAGCCAACGCCGCCAAGAAGCCCGCGGCUGCUGCGGUUCCUGGUCUCACGCUCGCUCUCCAGGUUCCGGAUAACCCCCCCAACCACAUCCUGUUCCUGAACAACCUCCCCGAGGAGACCAACGAGAUGAUGCUGUCCAUGCUCUUCAACCAGUUCCCGGGCUUUAAGGAGGUGCGGCUCGUCCCCGGAAAACACGACAUCGCCUUCGUGGAGUUUGAGAGCGACACGCAGGCGGGCGUGGCCAAAGACGCCCUGCAAGGUUUCCGGAUCACGGCCACCUGCGCCAUGAAGAUCACCUUCGCCAAGAAGUAGUUCCUCUGACCUCCAGAGACUGGGGGGGGGGGGGGGGGUUCUGUAUGUUUUCUGUGAAAGGAGGAAGCUGGGUUUUUGUAAAAUAAAGGAAUAAACUUUU